CAUUUAUUCUUAUUUACCAAGACUUAAAAAUUAUUUAAACUUUUCAAAACCACAAAUAUGUAACUCAUCCAAUACUUUCGGGUGUCCCUGUGUACUUUCAAUGACCAUAACAUAGCUUUUUCUACAUCUCUAAUUCCAGUCAGUCUCCAAAAUGCGCGUGCUUCUACUCACUCUGGCCGCAGUGUCCGUGGCGCAGGCGCGGCCCGGCAUCUUCACCCCCUUGCACUUCAGCGCCCCCCUGCACGCAGUUGCCGCCCCCGUGCACCCGCUAGGUGUGGAGUACGUGGACGCCGCGCCCCCGGUGGUGCGCCCCCACCCCGCUGUCGAGCUGAAUGCGGAAAGUGAAGCGCUUCUGCCGCGCGAGCUGAUCAAGUCCAGGGACUUCUAUGAUAACCCUGCUAUAGCUGCUGGUCUGGCCAAGGAGUCGUGGUUCACGAACAAGGAGAUGCGCGUGGUGGAGCGCGAGGCGGAGAAGAUCCCCCGAGAGAGGAUCUACCACAUCGUCAAGAGCGCCGGCUUCUUGGACCGCCACUAGAAUGUUUUAGAUGAAAUUCUAUCUAUCGAUAGCUGACAGUUACUUUCAUACGGUUUUGACAAAUUUGAAAAUUGUGUGAUAACUAUCAGCUAUAUAUAGAUAGAGUAUUGAAACGGGCAGUUUGUCAGCCUGUGUCUCGCUAUACAG